GUCUGAACAAGAUCUCUGUCGUGUCAACGAAGGGGAAGGUGGUUAACGUCACAAGGCACGCGAUUUUUUACUGAAGGAAAGAAGAUAAAGACGAUUCUUGUGAAACGAGUUAGUGUUGUUAACGCACAAGUUUCGUUACGAUGCAAAAAGAAAAUCGGAUAUGUCCACGCCGAGCACCAACAUUUACAACAUGGGACAGACCGCAUAAACAGUAGUGCAAAUAAGACCAACACGGAGAAACGACAAUUCAAGUAUUGAACGAACGAUCCAAUUUGUACUUGAACGCUACUCCAUCCAAAUCUAUAUUCGUCCAGAAACGCAAAUGGGCGGUGGUCCUUCUCACGAGGCGCUCGACGCUGCGAAGCAGCAAUGCAGAGCUCUCCAUGAGCGAUUGGCGGAGUUUGAGAAGCGGCACCAGGAGGAAACAAAUAGAGCAGAGGCAGCGCGAAGCGGAGCGCCGGGAGCAGGAAACCAGGCGAUUAAGGAAACUGAUGGCGAAAAAAGAGGAGGAGGAGCGGAAGAAGCAGGAAUACUUGCGGAUGCUGCAGGAAUACCCCAUUCCCGAGUGGUUGACGCCGUAUUCGCAAAAGUUGAACAUCGCUAUUGUCGGGCCCUCUGGUGCGGGAAAAUCCAGUCUAAACAAUCGCUUCCGGGGCCUGCGGAAGCGAAAGUUGGCCGAGGAGCGUGGACUGCCUUGGUGCGCUACUGGGAGUACGGAAACUACGAUGUUCGCGACUCCGUACCCGGUUUUGGCGCCGGGGGGGUCGGAAGGUGGUAUAAUUUUUUGGUUGUGAGAACCAUCGUUGCAUGUUCGGUUCUAGCGAGCAUUCAGAGUCGUUGUAUACUGCAACGCAGCCCAUCAUACCAAAAGAUCAAGAUGUGAGACUCCAAACCUUUCUUCUAGCUGCUGUAGAGCACCAGUAGAGGUCGUUGAAAGACCAGGUAUAAUUACCCACUACAUCACCUCGUCAGCCUACGAGUCCGGCAUCCUUCUGUGGGAUCUUCCGGGGGUCGGGAUAUGACAGUGCACAACUCCCCCUCCACCUCAUUUGUAUAGCAUAAACGGCAAUACAAGCAUCAGCAAGAGUGCUGGUUUUCCAUGACAAAUUUGCACUGGAUUGUAGUGCUAUUUGGGCUGCAAGAACUUCAACUUGUCAUGCAAACAAUACCAAGAGGCGAAGGAUGGAUUGGGUAUUUUGCAUGACAAAUGAGGGGGAGUGGGAGUUGUGCACUGUUAUAUGGGACGCCUCGGUUCCCGAAAGAAACCUACUUUCGCGACGUUGGUUUGCGGCACUUUCAGUGCGUACUGCUGGUGUCGUCUCAGCGGUUCACGGAGAAUGAUAAGGCGAUCUCGGACGAAUGCAAACGGGUCGGCCGGGAGUGCAUUUUCGUGCGAACGAAAGUUGACGUCGACAUUGAGCGGGAGGAGGAGGACAACGACAUGGGUGAGAAGCAAGUGUUGGACAAAAUCCGAGGGGAUUUGCAGCGCCAUGGAGUACUUAAACUUUUAUUUUUUUGGACUCACCUCAUUCUCAUGCUUGAUAGCUUGAGUAGAUUAUGAAUGCUUAGAAAAAUGAUUCUAUAGCUGUAGUAAUUCCUCUUCUUUUUAUUUUUUCGUUAUCAAACAAGAAACGCAUACAGAAAUUCAUUUCGUACUAGAGCUGCUUUUGCACAACACGUACGCACGUGACCGUAACAGGUCAGCCAUCCCUACCUCGUCUCCGCGAAGGAACCCGACUUCGACAUGGAUUUGUUGCGCAAAAAAAUCUUGGGCUCCCUCGAUUCUGUCGUCGCAAUAUCAACUGUAAAAAUGUCUGGGUCUGGAAGAAUUCAUGUUUGUCAUGCUUGUCUGGCAUGGCUCUUAAAUCUGUCAUGCACGUUACCCAAGGGCUCCGCUUUUCUGUGAUGCAGAAGCGCAGUUUGUCAUGCAGAAUAGGCAACACCGAAGAGCUGAGAAACUUGUCAUGCUGAGCCAGCAUUUGUAGCCUCAUCAUGAGACGCCAUCCAGCAUCACAAGUUUCCAGACCCAGACACUUUUACAUUUGAUACGCAAGCGGAGCGAACGAAAUGGCUUUGCAGAUGAGCGGUUUAACCUUGGAUACCGGCGGGAGCAACAACAGCUCUACUCAAAAAACAAGAAGUGUGAUCGAAAACGAAAAUAACCGAGCCAUUUUUAACACUUCUUCCUCUUCUUCACUGAACCUCCAACCAGAGCAAGUAGCAGCGCGACCGAGCCAAACUCAAGUCUUUUAUCCCCCGGACUGGGCCGAUCGCCUCUGCAACGACGCCGCGGUGUUUCGGGAGGAGCAGGAAUCUGCCCCGAGUAUCGCAAGUCACUAGCAAUAUUUAUAUGAAAUUGAAAAGGAAAAGCAAUGAAGAAUGUCUUUUUUUCUGAAAUCGUCGCUAUGGUUAAUAUAGCGCAAUCACAGACGAGGACGACGCAUUCGCUUCUGUCAAUAAUGUAAGUUGAUGUAUCGAGAUUUUUCCUAGUGGGGCUUCAGCUUCUUGCUCUCGCAGGAACACGUGUAAAGAAAAAGGUUUUACGAAGAACUCACGAAAAAAGUCUUCAUGAUCAGAUCAUAGCAAGUAAAAGCAACACGCAUCAGCAUGACAGUAGCACGGCAUUCCAUUUCCACCUUCUAUGUGUCCACUAAAGAACAUACACCCGCCAUCCAGUUCAACUGCGUCUCAUUCUGAUUUUCUCUUUGAAAAUAGCGCUGAGAUACUUGCUUUCAUUUAUAUCUCCGGGCAGGAUCAUUUACAACGUGAACGUGAAUGGAAAUACAAAUAACGGCCGUUCUCUAUGACUUCCCAGUGUCAGCGGCAUCAACGCUGAAGAUUGUGUUCCCCAAGAAAAAUGGCCUUCUUCCUGCCAGUUGCGUCUCCUCUAUUGUCG